UGAGUGGGCGGGAUAUUCUCUGUGUUGUGUUGGUUUCGUAAGCAAGAGCAACGAUUUCGGUUUUGUUUUCUUUGAUUUCCAGUCGCUGAACUGUAGGUUGAACAUUCAGUAAAACCAGGCAAAGACAAGCACUGUGUUGCACUGCACACUGGGUAAUUCUGUUGACUGCAGCUCAAUGGAAAAAUUGUAACCAUGUUCAGUUUUGAGGGAGAUUUCAAGAGAACCCCCAAGGUGUCCCUUGGAGGUGCUAGCAGAAAAGAGGAAAAAGCAUCACUGCUUCAUCGAACACAAGAAGAAAGAAGGAAAAGAGAGGAUGAGAGGAAAAGAUUAAAGAAUGCAAUCAUCAUUCAGUCAUACAUUAGGGGAUACCAAGAUAGGAAACAGCAAUAUGCCGUUCAGAGGGGCUACUUUGACCACUGUGUGUGUCAGUGCCAGUCAGGCUCUGGCCCUCAACUUGCAGACAGUGGCACUCUCAUCCAACUAGCUCGCCAGCUUCUCUUUUUUUACAGGCAGAGUAAAGACUCACACAGAAUGAUCUGGAUGUGUCAGAGUUUGGUAAAGCACCAUGCUCAGUUUAUCAAGCUGCUUGCUGGGCCAGAAAGACAGAGCUGUCUGUUUCAGAUCAAGAGAAUACUGGGACACUGUUGCAGGAUGCUACAAGCAUGUAAUGAUGACAGUCAGAAUGUGGCGGUCCCGAUGCGAAUGCUGGAGGUCUUCUCCUCUGAAAGAACCUACUUGCCAUUUUUACAGGAUGCAGGCUGUGUCACUGCACUUAUUGAGCAAAUUUUUCACUACAUGGUACAGAAAGGAUACUACAGAUCUCUGUAUGUUUUGGUGAAUCACAAGUUGCCAUCAAGUCUGGAGUACAGCGAUUCCCCCUCCAUUCCACUGGCACAUGUGCUGCUAGAACAUAUGCUCAAACCUCUGCACUUUACAUACAGCUCCUGCCCUCCAGAUGCCAGACAGUUUGUGUUUUCGGCCUUCACUGAGGACUUCAUUUCAGCGCCUUUUACUGAACAAAUCUAUCAUUUCUUCGUGCCAGCUUUGGCAGACCCAAGACUAGCUUUCCCUUUUCAGAACUUCCUUUGGUCGCUCCAGGUCACCAUAGCCUCCUCUGCCCAGGCCCGAGCUCAGGCCCCCUGGCUCUUUUACUUUGUACUAUCUGUUGGAGAAACAGGACUGGGUUCACUUUCAGAGGAAGGGUUGCUUUUGUACUUGAAUGCUCUACAAACUCUGUUGCCAUUGUUGCCUGUAACUGAGUGCAACAGUAGAACUGACAUCAACAGUGAUUCAGAAGAUGAGGAAGCAACGACUCUAAAGCCUCACGCAGCACAGGAUGGCAGUUGGAUAUCUGUGCAUUACAUAACAGAGGAAUGUGUUCAGAAGUUGGACACCAAACAGCAGACUAACACUUUGCUAACAUUAGUGUGGAGAGACUCAGCAAGUGAAGACAUCUUCACCAUGAUGGCCUCCAUUUGUCACACUUUGAUGGUGCAACACCGUAUGAUGGUGCCCAAAGUCAGGCUUUUGUACAGUUUAGCCUUUAAUGCUCGCUUUCUUAGACACCUGUGGCACUUAAUCACAUCCAUGAAGACUAAAAUGAUCACAGGGUCUAUGGUUCUCCUGUUGCAGGUGAUGUCUCGAGGUUCUCCAAUGUCUCUGGAAGACUCGAACAGGAUUAUCCCUCUUUUCUAUCUCUUUAGUUCACUCUUCAGUCAUUCACUUAUCUCUGUGCAUGACAGCGAGUUCUUUGGCAGCUCAGCAGAUGGUCAGUGCCAGUUGUCGAUGAUGCCCUUCUCUCUGGUAGAGUUGGUGACCUUGUCUCGAUGUUUGCGGGAUGCCUGUCUGGGCAUCAUUAAGCUGGCGUAUCCUGAGACUAAGACAGAGCACAAAGAGGAGUAUGUAGCAGCAUUCCGCAGUGUUGGCGUGAAAACCAACAGCCAAGUACAGCAGCGCAUUCAAGCUCAACAGAAACGAUGGGUCCAGCUUUUUAAGGUGAUUACCAACCUUGUGAAAAUGUUGAAAGCACGAGAUAUUCGAAGACCUUUCUGUCCAUCGGGUCACUGGCUCUCUGAUGAGGUCAACAUCAGGGCUGACAAGGUGACUCAGCUCUAUGUGCCCUCCGCAAGACAUGUGUGGAGAGCAAGGAGAAUGGGACGUAUUGGACCGCUUCAGUCCACAUUAGAUGUUGGACUACAGCCUCCACCACUGUCAGUAUCAGAGGAGAGACACUUGGCUAUCCUCACUGAAUUGCCCUUUGUUGUGCCCUUUGAGGAGAGAGUGAAGAUUUUCCAGAAAUUGAUCUAUGCUGAUAAGCGGGAGGUGCAAGGAGAGGGUCCUUUUUUGGAUGGAGUUAACCUCACCAUUCGACGGAACUACAUCUAUGAAGAUGCAUAUGAAAAAUUGUCCCCUGAGAAUGAGCCUGAUCUAAAGAAGAGAAUCAGGGUUCAUCUGCUCAAUGCUCAUGGGCUAGAUGAAGCUGGCAUUGAUGGUGGAGGAAUAUUCAGAGAGUUUUUGAAUGAGUUGUUGAAAUCGGGUUUUAACCCAAACCAAGGCUUCUUUAAGACAACUAAUGAAGGGCUUCUCUAUCCGAACCCCACAGCAGAGAUGCUUGUGGGAGAAUCCUUCACCCGCCACUACUACUUCCUCGGCCGGAUAUUGGGAAAGGCGCUGUAUGAAAACAUGCUAGUGGAAUUGCCAUUUGCCAGUUUCUUCCUGUCGAAGCUCUUAGGCACCAGUGCAGAUGUGGACAUCCAUCAUCUGGCCUCUCUAGACCCAGAGAUGUAUCGAAAUCUGCUUUUCCUCAAGAGCUAUGAAGGUGAUGUGGAAGACCUCGGCCUUAACUUCACAGUGGUCAACAAUGACCUCGGGGAGGCCCAGGUGGUUGAGCUUAAACCAGGGGGAAAGGACAUCCCGAUAACUACAGCCAACAGGAUAGCCUACAUCCAUUUAGUGGCCGAUUACCGUCUGAACAAACAGAUCCGAGCACACUGCUUGGCCUUUCGGCAGGGCCUGGCCAACGUUUUCAACCUAGAGUGGCUGCGCAUGUUUGAUCAGCAGGAAAUUCAGGUACUGAUUUCUGGUGCACAUGUGCCUAUCUGUCUGGAAGACCUGAAGAGAUUCACAAACUACUCAGGUGGUUAUUCAGUGAAUCAUCCAGUGAUUAAAAUUUUCUGGGAGGUGGUUGAGAGCUUCAGCGAUGAGGAGAAACGCAAACUGCUCAAGUUUGUCACAAGCUGCUCACGACCUCCGCUCUUUGGCUUCAAGGAGCUGUACCCAGCCUUCUGCAUCCAUAAUGGAGGUACUGACCUGGAGCGUCUCCCUACGGCUAGCACUUGCAUGAACCUUCUCAAGCUGCCCGAGUUCUGUGACCCUCAGCAAAUGAGGAACAAGUUACUCUAUGCUAUUGAAUGCUCUGCUGGCUUUGAGCUCAGCUGAGAAAUGAGUCGUCUUCUUGAUGGCCUUGGAAUCCAGACAAGAAGCUAUGGCCUUUGUCGUGGUGACCAGAUAGGAAGUGACCAGAAUGGACAGACUUUGUCUCUGCUGUGAUUUGCAGAAAGUGUUGGGAAAUAAAAACAGAGGACAAAAGACAGAGAAAUCCAGAAGGACCAUUUUAAGUUGUGGCAUGGAAUAGUACUGUAUAUGCUCAAUUUUAUUUUUAUUUCAAAGAGACUGAACUUGUGAUAAUGGAACAGCAGUUAUACAUUCAAAGCAGCAUCCCAGAAGGCAUAUGGUCAAAAGCACUAACACUGAACAGGAACAUCUGAAUGUUGGAGAUACAAUGGACAACAGAAUAAAAAUGGCAACGUAAAAAUUACCUGUAGAUUUUCUUUCAUUCUUGAUAGGACAUUUUUAAGAACUGAGUUUUACCGUUUCAGCUGCUCUGUCAACGUAGUGCAGCAAAUAUUGAGUAUUUAUGUCCGCCAACAAAGAUGCAUGCAUUAGUCUCGCUAACUCAAGAACAAGCUAAAACUAAAGCUUCUACAUUAUAUCAGCAUGCCUGAAAUUUCUUAAAUACGAUACUAAAGAGUUGGCUUGGUUUAAGGUCACACCACAUUAGCUGUACCAGUAAAAAUGCACAUUCCUUUAUACAGGGCCAACAGUGUAGCAUUUGCUGAAGAUUGAAUUUAUAAUUUUCUAUUCCAAAAAUUAUUUUAUGACUAAUGUUCCUCCAACAAAGGAGUUUAAUAGAUAAGUGUCAUGGCAGUUCGAACCUUGAUGUGUGAGGUUAAAAAUGGUCAUCGGUAGCACAUCUCAGAAAAUGGUGUAUUGUAGUCUUGUUUUAAUCACGGUAAAAUAAUGACUUGAAUUGGAUGACUUUUUACCGAAAGAAUAGUGUUUCAUUACACUUGGAACAAAUAGGUAUUUUUUUAACAACACUGUUUAAUAGAUUAUGCCAGUUAGCUAAAAUUACAUUAAAGAGCAGUUGCAACAGUCAGGCCUGUUUUUGAGAUUUCAGGCCUCAAGGUUGUGUGUCCGUUGUGUUUAUCAAAAAAAAAAAAAAAAAAAAAUAUAUAUAUAUAUAUAUAUAUAUAUAUAUAUAUAUAUAUAUAUAUAUAUAUAUAUAUAUAUAUAUAUAUAUUCCAUACUUAUCAUUAUGCAUUUUGUAAAUGCAUAAUGAUGCUGGUAUUUGUGCAAUAAAGCAAAAAUUAAGAACAUGCACGUUUUUUUUAAGGGUUUUUAAUGUCUGACAAACAUGUCAAUGAAGGAAAGUUGUGACUUUGAAGCCAAGGCCUGCCUACUGGACAUUAUUCCAGUAUUUACUGUAGCACUUAGCAAUUCAGUAGUAUCCUGAAGAGAAUUGUAUUUUCUGUCAGCAUCCUCAAGUUGCUUUUUGCUGCUACUUACUGAAUGUGUUCAGCAUGGCUGUAAGAGGACAUGUUGAUGGGUUGGAAAAGAGCUGAUGAUGGAUAUGUGAAUAUGUAUGUCUAAUUUUAACAUGUGGUAUUCCUUCACACAGUAUUUAUAUAAACAUUCUCUGUGUAAUUUCUUCUGUUUGGCAACAGGUCGAACAGACCAACAUCCAUGCUGAAGUAAAUUAGAAUGACAUCAUACAAACAGGUGCUGAAUAUCUGAUUGUUUACAUGCAUUGAUGUGAAGAGUUUUUGUCUUGUUGGUGAUGAGAAAGGACAUGCGAAGUUGUGUGUAAAGAUGUAAGUUUUCAGAUUUGUACUUUAACAGUAAGUGCCCUAAAUGAUUUUUUGGAAUGACAAACAACAGUGACAAAGAAAGGUGUUAAUAUGUACCAGAGUGUAUGGAAAUGAUUAAAUAUGUUUUGAGUUUGUAUUUGCA